GAAGCCCAAACUUUUAGAUCUGCACACAGAGUUUAUAUCGAUCUGCCUCCGUGUUUGUGUGUAUGUGGCCGUUGCACCGUAAUUUUCCACUCAUGUAGCGCGCUAGCCCGACGCUGUGCUAGCGUCCAGCCAUGGAGCCCAGGCUCGCGCGACUUUCCUUUUUCGCCGCUUCUACGUUUUUCGCUCUUCUGUGCUGCAGGAGUUUGGCAGGGUUGCCAGAUGUUGGUGAGACGGAGGAGACGUCCCUCCCACCUCACGAAGAUGUGCUUGUAGUUGACGUUCCAGAUUCAGAGGACGAGGUGCGAGAAACGCCUGCGUGCGGCUCGACGCAUCACCGCUCUCACACUCCACCCCUUGUGUUGGUGAGCACCCUGGAUGGGAAGGUCUCUGCACUGGACAUGUACAAUGGUGGUCAGCUGAAGUGGACGCUGGACACAGACGAGGCUGAGCCACUGCUAUCUGCCAGCAUCAGCAGACUGGAGUUGACACGAAACGGCCGUCCCAUGCAGCUGAUUCCCUCCCUGGACGGUGGGCUGUUCCAGUGGGACGGAGAGAGUCUGGAGGCUGUUCCGUUUACCGCCGACACCCUUGUCAGCUCCACCUACAAGAUGAACGAUGACAGCAUGUUGGUGGGGGGGAAGGAGACCAAGACUUACGGAGUCCACGCCAAAACUGGCAAGCUGCAAUAUAUAUGCACAUCCGGAGGAUGCACCAACUUUGGAAGCAACGAGACGGAGACAGCCCAGACUGAUCAUGAGGAGGACAUCAUCAUUGUAAAACGUCUGCAGCAGACAGUCCGGUCUGUGGAGCACAGGAAGGGCAUGGAGCAGUGGAACUUCAGUGUGGGUCAGCACGAGCUGGUCUUCCUGGAGGGUAACCAUGACAACAGCAUGAAUGACAGCAGUGACGACGUCCCUGAUGAUGUCAUAGAGGACGUGCCGUGCAAGUCCUCCAACAUGUACAGCAGCUGGGACUACUAUGAGGAGGAGAGCCUGACCAGCAUCAAGGUGUCGGUUCCAGACGGGGUCGUCUCAGCCGUCAGACAGGACAGACCUGACAAGGUCAUCUGGAAAUACAAGUUCCCCAGCCCAGUGGCGGCAGCCUGGACCCUGGAGGAAGGUGAGCUCCUGCCUGUGGGUCUGUUUGACCAAACCCACGUCCCCGCCCUGACAUCAGAGGACCAGACCCUUCCUCCUGAUGAUGUCACACAGCCUGCCAUGUACCUGGGUGUUCACAACGGCCAGAUGUACGUCCAGCUGUCCUCCAAGAUGGCUGCCGAGGUGGACAUGGUGGCGAAGGCCAAACUCCUCAUGGACAAGAAACUGCCCAUGGCUAUUCCAAAGACCCCCAUCCUGCUGACCGGUGGACAGUCCCCUCCCCUGCUGACCUAUGAACCCGAGCUGGACAGACCGCCUAUUGACCACCCCACAGGCAAUGUGGACUAUCCCUACGACAGUGGUUAUUACCUGUUCUCUGACGACCCCAACUGCUGUCCGCUGGAGGAGGGGAAAGACAGACACAGGAGGAGCGUGGAACAGAACUCAUCAUCACAGAAACUCGUGGUGCAGGAUGACUUCACCGCACGGCUGCUCAGCUGGUGGCAGGAGGUUGUUGCUAUCAGUGUCGUGACCUCUGGCAUUGUCCUGCUAAUCCAGAACUUCAGGAAGAAAGAUGUGAAGACUGACUCCCAAGGCUCAACGUCGUCUGGUUCCCAAACCCUGACCGAUACUUCAGCCGACCAAACCAAACCUGGGCUGGAUGCAGGGGAGUACAAGUCAAGGUACCUGACAGACUUUGACCUAGUGCAGUGCCUGGGAAGGGGCGGCUUUGGGGUCGUGUAUGAGGUCAAGAACAAGUUUGAUGAAUGCAGCUAUGCCAUCAAGAGAAUCUCACUGCCAAACAGGAAAGAUGCCAGAGACAAGGUCCUUCGCGAGGCGAAGGCGCUGGCUAAGCUGGACCACCCCGGGAUCGUGAGGUACUUCGGCACCUGGGAGGAGACUCCGCCGCCCGGCUGGCAGGAGGCAAAAGAUCGGGAACUUCUCGGGGAGCUCAGCGGAACCAUGGCCAGCCUGCCGAGCUCCCCUAACGCCAGUUCUGCCGAAGUCAUCCGUCCCGUCAGACGGGCGGCUCAGCUCCACUUCUCUCGGGAGACCAGCGUGGAGGAGACACCGCUGGACAGAACCAAACCGCUGUACCACAGACAACUCAGCGACUCCUUCACUCAGAAGCUCGCAGAUCUCUCCGGAACCGGAGGGUUUGUACCAAAACUCGCCCAGUAUGACAGGGAACACACCGAAAUUUCUGAGUCUUCGAGUAUCGUGUUUGAGGACGUUUCUGCGAACAACGAUGACGGCAGUCUUCCAUUCCAGAGCUAUCAACGUUCCAUAACCAGAGGAGAGAGCAGCGGUAUAGGAACUUCAACUAGUGUCGUCGCCAAAGAUGAUUCCUUCCAGAUCCUGUUCGAAGAGUCGAGCAGCAGUAAUCAGACGAACCCCGAGGAACUGGACGGAAACGUAUCGGACAGCUCCUCUCUCUACGAUGUUGUACAUACACAGAAUCAAUGCCCAGAUGUGGACCACCAGUCCGAAACAGACAGCAAUGCCAAAUCCAAGUGCCAUGAUGAUAAUCUCAAAGAAGCAGAAAGACCAAGCAAAACAGAUACAGACUUGCAGAAAAAAGCCAAAGCACCCAGCCCCAAGGUUUACCUGUACAUCCAGAUGCAGCUGUGUCAGAAGGAGACACUGAAGGACUGGUUGGUGUUGCACACGCCAGAUAGAGACAGGAGCGACUCGCUGCACAUCUUCCACCAGAUCGCCACAGCUGUGGAGUACGUACACAACCGGGGACUCAUGCACAGGGACCUCAAGCCUUCCAACAUUUUCUUCUCGUUGGACGGUGUGGUGAAGAUUGGAGACUUCGGUCUGGUGACAGCCAUGGACGAGGGUGUGCAUGGGGAGGAUGUGGUUCCUGAUGUCGCUGUCGGUCGGGCGGACCGGAGACACACGGACCAGGUGGGAACACAGCUGUACAUGAGCUCAGAACAGAUUGCAGGGAAGGCGUACACCCACAAGGUGGACAUCUUCUCCCUGGGCCUGAUCUUCUUUGAGCUGCUGCAUCCCUUCUCUACACAGAUGGAGAGGGUCAGGAUUCUGCUGGAUGUGAAGAAGCAGAGAUUACCACUGCCAUUUGUGGAGAAGAACAGAGCAGAGGCUAACUUUGUGCGUUGGCUGGUGUCCCAUGACCCCAGCCUCAGACCCAGUGCCACAGAGAUAAUGAACAGUCCCCUACUGAAGAACAGGAAGCUGCCCACACCACAGCCAAAGAAGCAAUCAAGAAUCCGCAAGCUUUCGUCUUCUAGUAACUAAGCAUAACUACAAUCUAGUGUACUAGCAGGGUCACGUAAAUCUUGAAAGUUCAUCUGUGUUGGUAGAAGUCAUUAUGAAGCAGUUUAAACUGAUUUCCAACACAAAGACAGGAGUUGUGUAGUCAAAAAGUUGGUAAGUCCAAUCUUUUGGACACAAAGACUGGAGUUGUGCAGUCAAAAAUGUUGGUAAGUCCAAUCUUUUGUGCUGGAAAUUAGUUUAAACUGCUUCAUAAGGGUCACAUAAACUUGAUUGUAUUCUCAACAUGUACCUCAUGCUGACCUACAUGUAGUAAAAUUUGUAAUAGCAAACCAUUGUUUUCAGAUCCCAGCUCACUUUCAAGAAUAUUAGGACUUAUUUGGUCCUUAUUAAGACUAUGACUUGUUGACUGUCAGAUGCCAGUAAUGAAAUUGUGGUGCCAAUACAAGUAUGGAAGUUUUAAGAUAUUUGUCAGAAGAAGCAAAUAAUGUGCAAAGAUAUCUUAUUGUGUGCAAAAUCAUUCAUAUGGAUCGAGAUUUCUGGUUUUGUUGUUACAGUACCAUAUAUAGGAAAAGUACCAUAUAUAGGAAAAGACGGUACAGUGUUCCCUUAAGUUUAAUUUGCUUCAACCCUAUGCAGGAAUUGUGGGGUUUUUGUUUGAAAGUGAUUUAUGGGAAAGGUAGCCAAGAUACAAGAAUGUAUCCCAGAUGUUCUGUUUCGUUUUUGACUGUCUUUGAAAAGGACAUUCACUCAUUGUGAAAUAAGCUGUACUCCAAACUUUUUUUUUUCAUCUCGAACAAAAAUGAUGAUAGAAUCAUCUAUACUUCCUUCAGAUGCUGCAAGAAGGGAAAAUGCUUUUCUCAGGUGAUUUCUGGUGGUAAGAAAAACAUUCCUCAAUAUAUGACAAAUAAUGACAUGGUAAGUGGCAACUGCAUUGCAAUUGUGUUAACACUGUUGCCAAGAUCUCGUUAACUGUAAGUAUAUUUUGUUGCUGCAAUGUGUUAAAAGCAAUAUUCUUGUGUUUAAUUUUUUUUUGUUUCUAGGAUAUUGUAUUGAGUCUUGGUCAAUACAUUGACUGCACAGCAUGUAUCCAUCCUUUUUCUGUUUUGGUCCACUUCGCAAUAACAGUUGUAGCAGACUCAUGCUAAACAAAGAUAUACAUCUUUAUUGAGGCUGCAGAUUGGAGACCUAAGCAGUGUGAGACAAACUGAUUGUCCAUGAGAAGCCAAAUGAAGGCUGGCAGGCCAUGUACAGAUUGGAAAGGCCUACUUGCAUAUGUGGCAAUACUUAGGUGGAAUAUGUAUAACUGGAAGAAAUGUUCUGUGUAAAUA